AUGUAAAACGUAUAACAACGCACAGAAAUUAUUUCAUCACAUCACCACUGCGCAUAGCCAGACUCACGAGACCAACUCCCGUCCGAAGACACGCGAAGCUUUUCCUCUGCCCUGCCUUUCUCCCCGGCACAGUCCCAGAUGAUAGCACUGACACGUGCUCGACAACUCGCUGCCGUAAAGCGGAAUGUCGGCAGCGUGACGACGGAGCUCGGCCUGCGAGUGCACAGACCCCACGUCAGCAUCGACCCCGCGUGGCACCGGGCUCGGACCUUGGCCGCCCGCGCCUCUAAAAAGGACGACGGGGACAAAUCAUGGGGAGAGAUUCUGGACGACGCUGCCGGCGUGGCCAAGUCGUUGUUCAAUAAAAUCAAGGAUACCGCCACCACUCUGGUGCCCGGCAGCACCACCAGCACCCCCGCCAGCUCCGACACCCGGUCCGGCAAACCCGCAACCACAAACCGGCCCGAGGCACCGGUGGCGCCCACAAUGGGCGGCGGUGGCGGCCUGCUUCCCAACCUGUUGGGUCGGGCUGUGGGCGGGCUGCUGAACGCCGCCGUGAGCCAGUUGGGUGCGCAGCUGGACGCGGCGGCCAAGGAGCAGGCGGGCGUGUACGAGGAGGCGGCGGCGCGGCUGCAGGGUAGCGCCAAGCUGAGGUCAAGGCUGGGCGCCGUGACUGUGGGGCCGCUCAUAUCGCAGGCCUCCAGCGGCAGCUCCAUCAACGGCGUGGUCACCAAGCAGAUUAUGCUGGUGAUGCCGGUGUACGGCAGUGGCGGCGGCGCGGGCACGGCGCAAGUCAGCGUGGUGGAAGGGCCGCAGCAGCGCGGCGGCGGAGGCGGGUCAGGCCGCACCAUGCAGAUCACGGUGCGGACAAGCGACGGCGGGGUCAUUGCAGUCGACGACGGGCCCGCUGGCGGCGGCGGCGGGGGCAGUGGCGGCCGCGGCAACGUGAUUGACGUGGAGUUCCGGGAGGUCGACAGCAACAAGAAGUAAACACACAUGUCAACUCAGCCCCUGGCCACUCAUCUUUGCGGAAGUUUUGCGCCGAUGGGGAGGGGGGGUGUUGGGGGGAGGGGCACUCCCUCCCCCCGCACGGGAUGCAAGUGUCGCAUGGUAGUGUUGGCACCAGCACAUGAGGACGGGCGGUGUUCCCACGCCAAGGGGAGGGGGUUUCGGGGGGGGGGGGGGCGGGGGCGCUCGCCCCCCGCCAUACAGGAGGGUGCUGGCGCGCGAACGGACGGGCGGCGAAGCGGCCAAAACAUAGUAAAAAAUGGUCAGGCAGUGAGUCUCGGGCUGGGCUUUGCGUAGAGUUGCAAGUCACGUGACAUUGGAUGUUUGUUGUUGGCAAGGGGCUGUGGGCAGGGGGACGCCGCAAGCCGCGCUAGGGUGUCGAGGAGCCCCAGGGAUAACUUAGUUGUGGUCUGCUUACCAAGUGCCGCAUAGUGCGUGAAAUCCACAAUAUUGUUGAGGCGGGCGCGAGCACGCUGCAAGUGGCACGGGACGUCACUGGACUGCGGAAGGGAAGGGGCGUGAUUGUAUGAGUCGAACUCUAAAGCGCGAACGGCCCAGAACUAGGAUGGUCAGGAUGGUCAGGAUGGUGUGCAGGAGGAUGCUGGACGGUUUGCACUUGAGUCGGAAGGGUUCAUAUGGCCCUGCGCAUGCAUACCACAUUAUGUGUUGGUACAGCGUAAUCAUUUAUGUUGCCAGCGAGUGCAAAGCCAGCAGGCUCCUCACACUACUACGCACGGUCAAAUUCUCGCUGAAGGGCCUCUGAUCAGAUCUUUAAUGAUGCAUACGAAU